AUGGUAGACCCCAAGAUACAUCGAGACGAAAUUUUAGACCGUCAGGCGAAUGGCCUACCAGGGAGUAAAGUUGCCAAGAGUGUCUUCCAGUUCGCGACGCCUCUUGAUCUGGUGUUAUACGGUCAACUCGUUGGGUCGUUUAAUGGUUUCCAGGAUGGCACGAUUUCCGCAUCGACACUUAAGUCCGACAUCUCAAGGUUUACUGUAUUCUUCGUGUACCUUGCCAUCGGAAUGUUUGUGUCUAUCUACAUCACCACCGCGGGGUUCUAUUACACGGGGGAACGGAUCACGAAAACGUUGAGGAGGACGUAUCUCAAGGCCGCCAUUCGGCAGAAUAUCUCGUUCUUCGACACUCUGGGAGCAGGGGAAAUCACGACGCGUAUCACGACCGACAUUACACUCAUUCAAGGGAUCACCGGUAAUCUUUCCGUGAGCCUGACCGCGGCGGCCACUUUUAUCUCGGCGCUGGUGAUUACAUUCGUGGUGUACUGGAAGCUGGCACUGGUGCUCUGCUCCACAGUGGUUGCCCUGACGAUCUUCAGCACGGUCGGAAUAGUCCUGCCCGUGCGAUGGACCAAGGCAUCGUUACUGUGUUACAGUACUGGUGCCAAUGUGGCAGAGGAAGCGAUCAGUUCAAUCCGGCAUGUCACUGCGUUCGGUAUUCAGCAGAAGAUGGUGGAGCGUUAUGACAAGUACCUGCAGCGUGCGGAGCGGCCCAGCUUCAAGGCGAACUCCAUCACAGCGCUCAUGAUGAGUGCCAGCGAGGCCGUGCCGUAUUUGAGCUACGGCCUUUCCUUCUGGGCAAAGUCAGGAAAAGAUUGGAAGAGAGAAUAA